UCUCUCUCUCUCUCUCUCUCUCUCUCUCCUGUGGCCAGCCCUCUAUCAUAAUGAUGACAACUGGAAUGUUCCAUUACUUUGCUAAGGGGCCCUGCUCUGCCAUCUCUAUUUCUCUCUUUAUCCUCCUCCUCUCUUUCUCCUCCCUCUCGCCCUCUCUCUCUUCCUCUGUUUCUUUCCCUCUUUCUCCUCUCUGUCAUUCUUCUUUUCUGAGUGGUGUGACACGGGUGUGUGUUGUGCCUUGUGUGUAGUGUGUGUAGUGUGUGUGUGUCCCAUGGCAUGUCCUACCUCCUACACUGUGGUGAUCCUACCCCUGAAGAGCAGCUUCCACGCUCUGCAUCUCUUCCUCUGGGUAACUGGUCCUGCAGGUGAAGCACAUGAGGGAGCUGGAGAGAGAAAAGGACGGUCUGUGGGCGGGUCUGCAGGUUCUGGAGCAGGCCCAGUGCUGGUACCACACUCGCCUGCAGACCAGCGCCAGGAACCCCGCUCUGGUGGAGACCAGGACCAGGAGAUCCAGGCUGGCUGACCAGGAUGUUAAGGGGUUAACUUCCUGUCUUCAGAGGUCCUGCAUGCAGCGGGUGAACGGCUCCCUGGGAAGCCUGAUGAGUGAACCCAAUGUCUCCACCGCCCCGCCCGCCCCGCCACUCACCUCCACAGACAGCGCCCUCCGCUGGAGCCUCACAGUACUGGGACAGGGCUCUGUGGUCUGUUGCCAGGAGGUGUGUGAGAAGAACCAGCAGAUCUCCAGUCUGGAGCUGGAGAGGGACACACUGCUGCAACAGCUCCGGAGCCACAAGGCUGCUGACUAACUAACACACUAUCAUACACACUCAGUCACACACAUGCACUCACACACACACACUAAAACACAACUUGAUUCCUUUUUCAAGGUUAAGUGAUGUCAAACAAUUGAGCGAUGUUACACAAUAACAAACAUUGUAAUUAUAAUCACUGCUAUGUAUUUCAUGUGAAGUCUAAAAAUCUAACCCUUGUAAAUAUGUUGAGAUGACUAUGAGAUCCUGUGUGUGAAACCAAGAUGGCCGCUCUCUGAGACCCCUCCUCUUCUGGGUUCUUCCACACCAUCCUACAGGAAGUACUCUCAUGACGCAGGAGGAAAUAAAACUGGUCAAAAAGACCAAACUUA